AUGGGAUUAGUAAACCAGUUGGCAGGGUUUACCCCAGAUAUUGCCCUGACUGCACAGCCCCUUCGACCACUCAUGAGCCCCAAGCGCUCUUUUCUUUUGACACCUGACCAUGACCAGACCUUCAAACAUGUGAAACAAGCACUUUCAAGCCUGGCUGUUCUUGCGUCUUUUGACCCAACCCUGCCAACCAUUCUCCAGACCGACGCAUCUCGCCUCUACGGAAUAGGCUACGCUCUCCUCCAGGACCAUGGAUCUGGACAUCUCCGAGUAGUCCAGUGUGGAUCUCACUUUCUCGCAGACACCGAAACAAGGUGUGCAACGAUUGAACUGGAGAUGCUUGCAGUAUCUUGGGUCCUCACAAAGUGCUGCCUAUACCUCAAAGGACUGCCAACCUUCACCCUGCCUAUCAUUGGUGCCUAUCAUCAACAGCUACACGCUGAACAUGGUUGA